AUGAGUGACCUAAGUGACACAAUGAGUGACCUAAGUGACACCAUGAGUGACCUAAGUGACACCAUGAGUGACCUAAGUGACACCAUGAGUGACCUAAGUGACACAAUGAGUGACCUAAGUGACACCAUGAGUGACCUAAGUGACACUAUGAGUGACCUAAGUGACACCAUGAGUGACCUAAGUGACACUAUGAGUGACCUAAGUGACACCAUGAGUGACCUAAGUGACACCAUGAGUGACCUAAGUGACACCAUGAGUGACCUAAGUGACACCAUGAGUGACCUAAGUGACACCAUGAGUGACCUAAGUGACACCAUGAGUGACCUUCCUAAGUGA